AUGGGCAACCCUACAGGAACUUUGUCUUCCGUACCUUCCGUACCAUACAAAGGGAGCAUUGCAUCGCCAAAGUCUCCAACACUGCAGCCAAACACACGGAAGGCCCCAUUACCACAGAUUGACACAAGUGGCACGUCAUAUACACAACCGUCACCUGCGUCAGUGCCCCGUAUAAGGUCUCCGUUAUCGCAACUGGCUAAUUUUGAUUCGUUCAUCCAAGAGGAUCUGCUGCUGAACCAGCCAAACUACAACUACUCGAUACCUAGAAACAACGGACAACAACCGAUUUUCGCCUUGGCGAAUAGUGACAACAGCAGCUCUAGUGCAGAUUCCGUGUCGCAACAGAACCGAUUACUACCAUCAAAGAUGGGUCAUGGUGGUGCCAAUAUUUCAACUUCAGAAGUCUCCUCCAUGUAUGAUCAUUACCCUUCAAACUCACCAAGCUAUAAUCAAUUUGCCAGUCCGUCUUCACCAAGAGCGCGUCAUCAGUCUAAGUUGUCAGAUGCCUUCUCAGACUCCACCAAUCUGCCUAGACGCAUCUUGUCGGAAAAAGCUCGUCAAACUCCUUCGUCUUUUGUGCGCCAGUCGCGACACUUUUCAAAUGAUUUUUCCGACACUGACGCCAACCUGUUGAAUUCAAUCACUGGUCAAUCCUUGUUGUUGCAGAAUAAAUUGCAAACUGAAAACUUGUCACCUGAAUUUCGUCCAAUUGUCAAUUUACUCAAUGCACAGAGAUUGAGAACCUAUCGUGUUGGGUCAUUCCAAAUACCAGCUCGUUUGGGUAAUGACCACGCCUGGUUUGAAGUUGAUGCAAAGUUGACAGGAACCGAGUUGGCUAUAUGGAGACCCCUGGAUGAUGAAUACACUAUGGAGGAUGGAAACGAUGAAUUCAAACCAAGGUAUAUUAAUUUGGUUGAUUUCAGACUCGAGUUUUUAGGCGACUUGCGACUCCGUAUUUCUCAAGAUUACCGUGAGGAUUCAAGUGUUGUCAUUAGAUUUCAUAACGAAAUUGAUUUCAUCAAGUGGAUUAGUGCAAUGAUGUUGUCCAAGUAUGAAUACACCAAGUUGAAUGAAGCGUUCACUGCUGUCUUGUUGAGUUCCAAGGGAUCCAAAUUACUGGAUAUUCAUGUAUUGCUCACUCACAAAAAGAGAUUUAUUGAACAUGAAUGGUGCAAUAUCCGGUUACCGGAAAUCUCAACCAAGUGGAUCAAGGUUUACAUGGUUAUUUUGCCUAGUGAUAAACACCAUUUGGGUAGGAUUGAAUUUUACCCACUGGAUAAAAAGAUGCAAAAGAAGCAUCUCAUUGCUUAUCUCAGUGACUUGACAAGCUUGUUCAAUGUAUACCCUGGGCAAUCCAACAUGAUUGAUUUCAAUUCAAUCAUGAGAGCAUCUGGCCAGAUUUUCGUAAAUAAACACUAUGAGUACUUGUUUCCUUACAAUAGCCAUGAGGAUCACCAUCUGUCACCAAGGAAACUUAUUGCCAAGAACCACGCAUCAAUUUCACGAUCCGGAUCCAACAAGUCUCUUGCGUCAUUGACUGAAAACAACAACAACAACACCUCAAACAACUUGCAAAUCCCAUCCACACCUAAACCCAACGGUGAUUCUCGCUCAAGAUCGGAUUCGUUAAACUCGGCAAGUUCAUUUUUCGCAAAUUCUCCGUCUAUGACUGCUACACCAUUGACUAGAGAUCGGUCGGUAUCAAACGCAUCCAAUUCUGACAAGUCGUCGAAAAUUUUCAAAUCCAAGGGUGGUAAAUCACACACUGAAUUUGAUUUAAACAGAACCAAUUCGAGUUUUUUCAAGAAGCAUGCAGAUGACUUUGCACUGACCAGUUCCAUGUACAUUAUGCCAAUACCACAUCCUGGAGUUAAUGCAGUUGAAACUAUGGUGCGUAAUUUCAUCCCCAUUAUUGAUUCGUUCAAGUUGUAUGGACGUCCACGUCAUUUAGCUAGCGAAAAGACUAAUCCCGAUUCGAUGUUGUUUGGAUUACCUUCAUUACCUCAUUACCAAUACUUGUCUACUCGUGAUGCGCAGGAUGCAUUUGCUCAAUAUUUCAAAUUGAAUAUGAAUCAGUUUCAAAUGGAGGAUAUUUUGCGGGACAAGAUUUUGGCAUUGAUGCAAUCUGGUGGUCGUCAUGGUAGAGGCUAUAGAGGACAUGGGGAUGUUAGUAAGUUGUAUGAAGGGUUGGAUGUCAAUUUUGAUGAAAUGAUGUCACCUGAUUUGAGUGGUGUUGGUAGCAUCAAUGGUGGUAGAGGUGGAACGGGUGCCGAUAUCUUGCUGUUGAAUUUGGAUGAUGGAAUUAGCUUGGAGUCACCCAGAGUGACGAGCCCAUUGAGUGUUUGA